AGACUUCCAAACCAUCGUGCGGUUUUUGUGUGAUUUCGAGGUGGCAAUGUUGAAUUGGUUCAGUUCUUUACAAAAUAACAGGAAAAGGAGCAACACAAACAUGACAAACAGUGCCGUCUUGGCCUGAUUUACGUGCAGCAACCUUAGUGGACUUUGCCGACUGUCAGUCCUGCUUGACAUUCCCUUGUGGAAGGAGGCUGGAAAUUAAAGCUGUGUUAACAAGAACCCUCAACAAUGGACUCACAAAAUCCUAGCAUCAACACUGCAGAGUCUCUUCUACACAAAUCUGCAACAAGCUUGCCCUAAGUCUGAACAAUCAAGAUGUUGCGUGUAUCCACUUGCCAGGUGUUAUCCAAGAGCUCGAAGAAUCUCCUCGGGGGCAAGGUCGCGUCCUUGCAGCUGCAGAGGACUUCAUUCUUCCUACGAUGCAAACCUCCGCUUCCACGAAAACCCACAAACACUCUCAGAGCAUUUGGAAUCGCAGCGUCACUGUGCACUGGUGCACUGGUCUUCAAAAGUCAUCUGAUCAGUGCAAGCUGCCAGCAAGUCACAAGUCAACCCACGCAACUUGCUGCUCAACCGGAGUCUCCAAAGAGGACUAAAAAGCCCAAGAAGCAGAGCAAUGUCUUCGUGCGUGGCUUCUUCUACGUGUACAAGUGUCUGAGCAUCUGCAAGAGGCUUCUGUGGAUCUCGGUGAUCUUUGGGCCCAUUUUGGUCACGUACCCGCUGACCCUCUGGUCUGACUGGUUCUGUCUGAGGUGGCAGCGGAUGCUCUUGUGGGCGGUAGAGAUCUCGGGACCGACGUUUAUCAAACUGGGCCAGUGGGCCAGCACUAGGAGGGACCUGUUCUCGGCCGACUUCUGCGAUCUGUUCUCCAAGCUCCACCUUGAUGCUCCCAAGCACUACUGGUACCAGACCGAGAAGAAACUGGAGCGGUCCUUCGGGAAAGGCUGGCGCAACGUCUUUGUCAAGAUCGAGAAGUCGCUGCACUCGGGGUGCGUCGGACAGGUGUACAAAGGGUACAUGAGGACGGAGGCUCUUUCCGAGGAGUGCCUUCAAGCCCUGCUGGAUGAUGACGAUGAGCCAUCAGAGUUUGAUGAUGGACGAGAGAUCCUCAAGCUAGACUGGUUUUUCAGGAAGCGAACCAAAGACCCCUAUCUCGAUGAUGAAAACAACUCACAACAAACUACUGGCGGAGACCCUAGUGAAGAGCAGGAUGAUGAAGAUUCACUCGUCCACAUCGCCAAGUCACUCAAGGAAAGCGAUGACAUCAUUCCUGUUGCCAUAAAGGUGUUACAUCCAGGCAUCUACAGACGCGUGAAAUGGGAUCUACAGCUACUGAGGAUAAUAGCUGGUAUCCUGUCUUACGUCCCCGGUCUCCGAUGGCUCAGUCUGCCGGAGUGCGUGGAGGACUUUGAAGGUCUCAUGAAGAAUCAGAUUGAUCUGAGAGUAGAAGCUAACAACCUAGACGUGUUUGUGGAGAACUUCAACGACAUCAGCUACAUCCGAUUCCCAAGGCCUCUGCGUCCAUUCGUCAGCAGAGAUGUUCUUAUUGAAACAUAUGAGGAAGGAGACUUCAUCUCGACUUUCAUCGGUAACGAAGAGGAUGAGGAGGACAGACCAGAGGGCCUCAGGGAGCGACUCGCUGCUAUGGGAAUCGAUGCACUGCUCAAAAUGGUCUUCAUCGACAACUUUGUCCACGCCGACCUGCACCCCGGCAACAUCCUCGUCCAGGGAGUCGACAGCUUCUGCGGGGAGACGGACAACAUCCUCAAGAUGGAGGACAUGUGCGACACGGUGGUGAUCAGCGUCAAGCCGCGGGAGUGCCCGCUGAAGCUGGUCAUGCUGGACGUGGGCAUCGUGGCUCAGCUGAGCGAGUACGACAGGCAGAACUUCAGAGACGUCUUCACCAAUGUUUUGCUGGGCAAGGGAGAGGUGGUAGCAGAGUUGUUCCUGCAGCACACCAUGCACAGGUGUCCUGACGAGGCCAAGUUCAAGGCAGACAUGGCAGACCUGGUCAACCUUGCCCACCAACAAACCGUCAAACUGGGAAUGAUGCAAGUUGGUGUCCUUUUAGAAGACCUUUUCUCCCUAAUGAUAAAGCAUAAGGUCAAGCUCAAUGGCAACUUUGCUUCCAUCAUGCUAGCCAUGAUGGUCUUGGAGGGAUUGGGCAGGUCCCUUGACCCUAACCUGGACAUCUUAGAUGCUGCCAGGCCAGUGCUACUCAACGGGAUGGUGUCAUGAAAGCGACGUCCCCUAUUGGAGACUAAUCUUAUAGGUACUAAGCCACUAGUUGCUGUUCGGCAACAAACCGCCGUGCCUGUUGCUCCCUGUUGCACCUGAAACCGCCUGCGCACUCAAUGGUUUCAUGGACUUACCAGUGAAUAAGUACAAUGUGAUAUAAUUUACUACCGGUGCUGAUGAAUUAAGCAAUCUAGUUCACAAUCUAGAGACACCUGAAAUAAGAAUUGUUACCACCGAUUUGUUUGGUUGUGUCAGGUUCCAUGGUCUGUUCAGUGUUUUUGUGUGUAUUUUAUAAUUACUUUUUUAAGUUUUUCCUCAGUUUCCAGGCAACAGUUAUUGAACUUUAUUGAGAGUAAUUUGAAAUCCCUUCAGUUCAUCAAUGAUUAAAGGGAAUAUACAACAUUUGCAAACAUCAAAAACAAAACUACCAAACUAUUAUGAAAAACUUUACUGGACUG